AUGGACGGUUAUUGUCCAAAACCAGAUAAUUCACAAAAACAACUUCCAUUUUUCCACUUUUAAGGCUUCCCAUCGGUCGGAAAAUCGACUCUUCUCUGCAAUUUGGCCGGAGUUUACUCGGAAGUCGCCGCCUACGAAUUCACCACCCUCACCACCGUUCCUGGUGUCAUUCGCUACAAGGUACUCGUCUUUUUCUUGACACUUCAAUCUCAUUUUCAUUUUUGUGUAGGGCGCCAAAAUCCAAUUGCUCGAUUUGCCCGGAAUUAUCGAAGGAGCGAAAGACGGAAAAGGACGUGGUAAACAGGUUAUCGCCGGUUAGUUUCGUGAUCUUUUGCUCUCUUUUCCGAUAACUUUUGCUUCUUUUCAGUGGCCCGCACGUGCUCGCUCAUUCUGAUGGUUCUCGACGUGAUGAAGCCGUUACAGCACAAGAAACUUCUGGAGUACGAGCUCGAAGGAUUCGGAAUUCGGCUGAACAAGCAGCCGCCGAACAUUGGGUUCAAGCGAAAAGAGAAGGGAGGUAUCAACCUGACGAUGCUCGUGCCGCAGUCGGAACUCGAUCUGGAGCUCGUGAAGAGCAUCCUCGCCGAGUACCGUAUCCACAACGCCGAUGUGACGCUUCGCUACGACGCCACCUCCGAAGAUCUGAUCGAUGUGAUCGAGGGCAAUCGGGUGUACAUUCCGUGCAUAUACGUUCUCAACAAGAUCGAUCAAAUCUCGAUCGAAGAGCUCGACAUCAUCUACCGCAUCCCGCACACUGUUCCGAUUUCCGCCCAUCAUAAGUGGAACUUUGACGAUUUGCUCGAGAAAGUCUGGGAGUAUCUCAAUUUGAUUCGCAUGUGAGUUCCGGGUGGAAUUGUCCUCGAACUCUUGGCGCAUUUUCAGCUACACAAAACCGAAGGGGCAACUGCCGGACUACUCGCAACCGAUUGUGCUGAACGCGGAACGGAAGUCGGUCGAGGAUCUGUGCACGAAGAUCCACAAGUCGCUGCAGAAGGACUUCAAGUGCGCGCUCGUCUGGGGAGCCUCUGCGAAGCACAACCCGCAGCGCGUCGGACGCGAGCACGUGCUCAUCGACGAGGACGUCGUUCAGGUCAUCAAAAAGUACGUUUCCCCCACACACCGACUACAGUAAUCCUCACUUUUCAGAGUCUAA